AUGGCUGAAGCUUACGAGCUCCAUCGUGGGAAGUACGCGAAGCUCGAUGCUCCAGAGUCCGACUCGGGAUCCCCCCUCCGCCGCUCCCUUGACGACGCAUAUCGCACCUCAUCCGAUGAGGAAGACCUUGACGAGUUCGACCCCCUCAACUACGAUGCCGGCACCCUGAAACGGAAGAAGACGCGGACGCGUCGCCCGCGAGGAGAGUCGCUAAGGGGCCAAGAGACUAUACCCUCAGAGAAGGCGGGAGCACGAAGGAGAUGGUACUGCGUGAGCCGCAUGUGCGUCGGCCUUACCCUGCUGUUCGUUGCUGCCGUCGUGCUCCUGCUGAGCGUGGGCGGGAUUUGGGCGUGGAAAUCGGUCCCGGAAAAUGGGCAGAGUCCGCCGUGGUACCCGUCACCGAAGGGUGGCACGGAUGAGAAAUGGAGGGACAGCUACAAAAAGGCAGCAGAUCUGGUGCGGCAGAUGACACUCGUGGAGAAAGUCAAUGUCACAACCGGCGUCGGAUGGGAGAUGGAGAUACUCGGAUUCCCCAGUCUGUGUCUUCAGGAUGGCCCGAUUGGCAUACGGUUUGCAGACAACAUCACGGCAUUCCCAGGGGGUGUUACGAUCGGAGCUACGUGGAAUAAGGACCUAAUAUACAAGCGCGGACGGGCACAGGCCUUGGAGGCGAGGUUGAAAGGCAUCAAUGUCCUUCUAGGCCCCACAAUGGGGCCAUUGGGUCGAUCGCCCGCUGGUGGUAGGAAUUGGGAGGGUUUCGGAGCGGAUCCCGUACUACAGGGCAUUGCAGCGGCCCAGACGAUUAAGGGUAUCCAGGACGAGGGCAUUGUUGCGACUGCAAAGCAUUUCAUCGGCAAUGAACAAGAACAUUUCCGACAGAGCUGGGAGUGGGGUACUCCGAACGCCAUCUCCAGCAACAUCGAUGACCGGACUCUUCACGAACUGUACGCAUGGCCUUUUGCGGAAAGCAUCAAAGCGGGUGUUGGCAGUGUCAUGUGCUCUUAUAACCAAGUGAACAACUCGUACGCUUGUGGUAACAGCAAACUCAUGAAUGGUAUCUUGAAAGAUGAGCUGGGGUUCCAAGGCUUCGUACAAUCGGAUUGGCUGGCUCAGAGGAGUGGAGUGGCAAGCGCAUUGGCAGGACUGGAUAUGUCGAUGCCUGGUGACGGCCUUCGAUGGGCCGAUGGAAAGGCACUUUGGGGCCAUCAACUUACGAAAGCCGUCCUGAACAGUUCUGUACCUAUGGACCGCCUCGACGAUAUGGUAACUCGAAUUGUCGCCGCUUGGUAUCAAGUCGGGCAAGACGAUAAGAGGAAAUGGCCAAUGCCUCCAGAGGGUGGUCCAAAUUUCUCUUCCUGGACUGGCGAAAAAAUUGGGUUGUUGCAUCCUGGAAGUGACGACAAGACCACCGGUGUCGUUAAUAAGUUUAUUAACGCACAGGGUGAAGGCGAGGACUCACACGGCAAGCUCGCGCGUAGAGUUGCGGCAGAAGGGACUGUGCUGGUAAAGAACGACGGCGAUAUCCUGCCACUGAGUCGGAAAGGUUGGAAGGACGCCAAAGAGGGUCAGAUGAAAUACCGAGUUGGUAUCUUCGGCGAGGAUGCAAGGUUGAAUGAAAACGGACCAAACAACUGUCCAGAUCGUGGCUGUAACGUCGGAACGCUUGCUCAAGGAUGGGGUUCCGGGUCUGUCGAUUACCCGUACCUCAUUAGUCCGCUCCAAGCCAUCUACGAAGCCUUCGAGGGGGUUGCACACGUUACAGACUGGGCUGCUAACAAAAUACCCGAGGAGAAAGAAGACCUGCUUCAUGACCAGGACCUAUGCAUCGUAUUCGCAAAUUCGGAUUCUGGCGAAGGCUAUAUGCAAGAUGGUGGGAUUCGAGGCGAUCGGAAUGAUCUCAAACUCCAAAAGAAUGGGAAUCUCCUAAUCAAGAAGGUUGCCGAAAGCUGCGGGAACGGUAAUGGCAGUACGGUGGUCGUUAUCCAUGCUGUUGGACCAGUAAAUGUGGAAUUCUUCGCCGACCUGCCUGGCGUCAAAGCAAUUCUGUUAGCUCAUCUUCCUGGUCAAGAGAGCGGUAACGCCCUUGUCGACGUCCUCUUCGGCGACGUCAAUCCGAGCGGUCGAUUGCCGUAUACUAUCGCUAAGAAAGAUGAAGAUUAUGGCCCAGGCUCCAAGAUCCUAUACUAUCCAAACCAGAUCGUCCCGCAACAGAACUUCUCGGAAGGCCUGUACAUUGACUAUCGUUAUUUCGACAAGAACGACAUUGAACCACGAUAUGAGUUCGGUUUCGGGCUAAGCUAUACGAGCUUCCAUCUAUCUUCGUUGCUCAUCAGUCCAAAGUCUUUCAAAAAGACACUACUGCCUGCUCCUCGUCCAAAUGGUAUCGAGCCUCCAAAGUUCGACACCAAGAUUCCAAACCCGAGCACCGCCCUUGCACCAGAAGGGUUCAAGAAACUGUCCAAAUACAUAUACCCAUAUAUCUCCUCCGUCAAAGACAUUAAAACUGGGAAAUACCCCUACCCACCCACCUACAACACUCCGCUGGAGCUGUCUCCCGCAGGAGGCGCUGAGGGCGGAAAUCCCGAUCUCUACACCGUCGUCGCGGAAGUCUCUGCCAGCCUCACCAACACAGGUAAAGUGGAUGGCGACGCUGUUGUACAGUUGUACAUUUCCUAUCCGGACAACUAUGUCGACGAAGAGACGGGCGAGCCGGUGGACUUCCCCGUGAAGGUGCUGAGAGGGUUCGAGAAAUUGCAUGUGGAAGGCGGUGAUAAACGUGCGGAGGUCAAGUUUGCACUGACGCGGAAGGACGUUAGCUACUGGUGUACAAGGAGGGGUAAUUGGGUCAUGCCGACCAAAGGAUCGUUCAAGAUCAGCGUAGGGUUCUCGAGCCGAGACCUGCCUCUCGUGGGAACGUUCUAG